GUGAGUCACGCCAAGACUCGCUCGAGAGCCGGUGUUGGUUUCGUGACGGUACGUCACGGUUCCUCAUAUUUAUUCAGCGAGGAGGCAGCGGCAUCGACUAAACUGGCUGCUUCUGGUUUCAAGACACAUAAACACAAAGCGAGACGCUGCCUGCGAAUAAACUAAGAACAGAGGAUCGCUCUCCGCUUUACGCUGAAGACGACAAAGUCAGAUUCCCUAGAAGAAGAGUUUGGACGGCAUGCAAAGUUGUGAAAUAUCUUCAGACAGCACUGAUGAUCCUCUUAGUAGUGCCUUACACAGACAUCGACAACCGCGAAUAGUAGUAAUUGGUGCGGGCUUGGCCGGCCUUGCCGCCACCAAAACCCUUUUGGAGAACGGCUUCACCAAUGUCACGGUGCUAGAAGCCUCAGACCGUAUCGGAGUGUAUGAGCUGACUCAGGAGUUCUUCCAGAAUGGAAAGCCUGUGGGAGCCGAGAGUCAAAACAGUGUUGGGAUCUUCACACGAGAUGUGGUGCGCAAGAAGAUCAUGCUAGAUCCCUAUGACUCAGAAAGCACCAAGAAACUCAAGUUAUCUAUGCUACAACAGUACCUCAAGGUGGAGAGCUGUGAAAGCAGUUCCCCCAGCAUGGAUGAAGUGUCUCUAAGUGAGUUUGGUGAGUGGACAGAGAUUCCCGGUGCUCACCAUGUCAUUCCCGCUGGUUUCAUUAAAGUCGUUGAGAUCCUGGCUCAGGACAUCCCAAGUCGUGUCCUCCACCUCAGCAAGCCUGUCCGCCGUAUCCACUGGAACUGCAGCUCCCAUGAUACAGAGGAAAUUGUAGACCAGGCUGACCAUAACCAGGACCAACGACCCAGCCCAUCUCCAGUCUGUGUGGAGUGUGAAGACGGCGAGUGUCUGCUGGCAGACCAUGUGAUCGUAACGGCCUCUCUUGGGGUCCUGAAGAAAGCUCACGAGACUCUCUUCUCCCCAGGACUGCCACUAGACAAGGCACAGGCCAUCCAGAAACUGGGCAUUAGUACUACCGACAAGAUCUUUCUGGAGUUUGCAGAACCCUUCUGGAGCCCCGAGUGCAACAGCAUUCAGUUUGUGUGGGAGGACGAGGCGCAACUGGACAGCCAGGCAUACCCAGAAGAGCUGUGGUACCGAAAGAUCUGCAGCUUUGAUGUGCUGUAUCCGCCUGAACGCUAUGGCCACAUGCUGAGUGGCUGGAUCUGCGGAGAAGAGGCCCUGCGCAUGGAAAGGUGUGACGACGAAACUGUAGCGGAGAUAUGCACUGAACUACUGCGUCAGUUUACAGGGAACCAGAAUAUUCCAAAACCAAGGCGGAUCCUGCGCUCCUCGUGGGGCAGUAAUCCCUAUAUCCGGGGUUCUUACUCAUUCACUCGAGUGGGCUCCAGCGGCAGAGAUGUGGAGAAGCUAGCUGAGCCCCUGCCUUAUAUCAAGAACACUAAGGCUCCACCUCUACAGGUAUUGUUUGCUGGGGAGGCCACCCAUAGAAAAUACUAUUCCACUACCCAUGGUGCUUUGUUGUCAGGGCAGAAGGAGGCAAACCGCUUGAUCGAGCUGUACCAGUACUCCUUCCGUGCAGAAACCACAAAGCCUAACAUUUAAAAUAAACCGCAACAAAAACAAGAACCACGUACUAGUGACAAAAACAAUUGUAUUAUGUGCUAUCUGUAUUUCAAAUGAUGAAAUUAUGUAGGAAAACCUAGUAGGGGCAUUAAACUAAUAACAAUAAAUCCUCUUUAUACUGUACUUAGAUUAGCGCUCUGUAGAUUUUACUUGAGAUGCACUGUACAAGGCUGCCAUGUGGCGCUAUCUCUGGUCCUUAUAAUUUUUUUCUUAUUAUUUUUAAUCCAUGUUAAUAUGUUUCUAUAAUUUAACAAUUUUUGUAAGUGCCUUCUGUAUUUAAUGUUGUCUUUAAAAAUUAAACAACAAAAAAAUACUUGAUAUGAAUAAAGUGUAUGUUAAU